AAAUAAUGCAACGGUUAGGUGAGGAGAUCCUUUACCAACCACCCCCACCCCCAACACCCCCAGGGAAGUGCUCGACUUCAACUGCCGACUCCUCCAACCUCGUCUCCGCUUGCUUCUUGUUGAUUAACGAUUGAAAAACAAAGUUGUGAGUUGAGCAGAUGUCUUUGCCUACUUCCACUUCCAUAGAACAACCACAACCCCGUGUCCAUGAUGUCGAUGUCGAUGUCAUCACCUGCAAAGCCGCGGUGGCAUGGGGAGCUGGACAGCCUUUGGUGAUAGAGCAAGUGAAUGUGAGUCCACCUCAGCCAAUGGAGAUAAGGAUCAAAGUUGUAUGCACCUCUCUCUGUCGCAGCGACCUCUCUGCCUGGGAGUCUCAGACUAUCUUUCCUCGGAUAUUUGGUCACGAAGCAACAGGGAUUGUCGAGAGUGUUGGUGAGGGGGUGACUGAAUUUACUCAAGGUGACCAUGUGCUAACAGUGUUCAUUGGAGAAUGCGGGAAAUGCAGGCAAUGUGCAUCAGGUAAAACCAACAUUUGUCAACUCCUGGGGCUCGAAAGGAGAGGCUUAAUGCACUGCGAUCAGAGGACACGCUUCUCUAUAAAUGCCACCGGGGAACCCGUUUACCAUUAUUGUGCAGUUUCAAGUUUUAGUGAAUAUACUGUGGUGCACUCAGGAUGUGCUGUCAAAAUCAGCUCACUUGUGCCUAUGGAGAAAGUAUGCCUUCUCAGUUGUGGAGUAGCUGCAGGCUUGGGUGCAGCUUGGAAUGUUGCUGAUAUAUCUGAUGGAUCAAGUGUGGUGAUAUUUGGUCUUGGGACAGUAGGCCUUUCUGUUGCACAGGGUGCAAACCUUAGGGGAGCAUCUCAAAUAAUUGGUGUUGAUACUAAUCCUGAAAAGGGUGAAAAUGCCAAAGCUUUUGGAAUUACAGAAUUUAUCAACCCAAAUGACAGCAAAGAACCUAUUCAACAGGUUAUUAAGCAUUUGACAGGCGGAGGAGCAGAUUACUCAUUUGAAUGUAUAGGUGACACUGGCAUGGUAACUACUGCAUUGCAGGCAUGUUGUGAUGGAUGGGGUUUGACAGUUACACUUGGUGUGCCAAAAGUGAAGCCCGAAAUAACAGCUCAUUAUGGAGCAUUUCUUACCGGAACAUUGAAGGGGUCGCUAUUUGGAGGAUGGAAACCUAAAUCUGAUCUCCCUUCCUUAGUAGAAAUGUACACGAAAAAGGAAAUCCAAGUUGAUGAGUACAUAACACAUAACCUGCCAUUUGAAGAUGUGAACAAAGCUUUCAAUCUCAUGCGAGAAGGCAAGUGUUUGCGUUGUGUCAUCCACAUGGAAAACUAGUUUUCCCUUGUUUGGUCACCUUGGUCCUUGGUAGAACAAGAGCACAAAUUGCCUUGCUACGUCCUACAUGCGAGAUUUGAUUGUUCGAUCGUUGUUGUGAUCAAGUUUUAUCUACUCGUGGAGGAUUAUUAUCCCUUCCCUUGGAAGUUGGAAGGCUAACUCGAGUAACUGUAACUGUAAUUCCUUCCUCCCCCAGCUGGUUAAACAUUAUUGUAAACUGUUCACUGCUGCAAUAUUUACAGACAUAAAGAACACAAUCAAUAUGCAUGUAUCCACUUGGUGUGACAUAAAGACAUUAUUUAUUUAUUAUCUUGGGUGUAAGAGUUGAGACGA